CUUGGAUGUUUGAGUCGUUUCUGCAUCUGGUAACACUGGCCGAGUCAUUCGAAAAAAUUUUACGGAGCGAAGAAGGCACGGUUACGUCCGGAUUUAAGCGCGAUUUCGUGUCUGUUGUUUGGUCGGCACUCGAGUGUAAAGAAAUUUGUACACCCCCGAAAAGAAUCGCGAGUGCAAUUUUGUAAAUACGGAGAGGAAAAGUUUCAUGUGUGCAUUUAAACAGCGUUCUUCUAGUGUGAAACCAGUUUGAAAAGCUGCAAGAAAUAUAUAUAGCUCAAUAUAUAUGUAUGUAUAUGUGUGCCGCCGCCAGUUCUAAUCUUUAAAUCAAUAAACAAAACUGGAAGCCAUUAGCUGAAAUCACAACAAAAGCAACCGCAGAAGAAACCAACGGGGAAAAUGAAGCCAAAGCAGAAGAUUUCCGUAGAGCCGCUGUUGCUAGUCGCGAUUCUCAUCGGAGUUCUGGUAGCCGCCACCCACGCUCAAGAUCAGAAAUCGGUGAAACCAUCGGCGGCAGCGCCAUCAGCAGCAGCUUCUCGGCCCCAUGAUGAAAUCUAUAUCGACGAUGAUAGCAUCGAGGGAUCCGGCGGACGCGGCGGGAUACACGAAGAUCUAGAGAAAGAUCCCGACUAUUCUGGCUCCGGCUUUGGACCCGAUGACGAGGACGCCGAACCCGACCAGCACUCGCACAGUUCGCACAACACGCGCAUCUCGCAGAGCAGCAACUCCGGCAUAAACACAGCUCAUACACCAACACAAACCUCAUCCACAAUCCCAACAACAUCGACUUCGACACCAAUGCCGACAACAACCCCCACAACGACAACCCCCGCAUCCACCACAACGGCGGCAGCAACCCAGCCAUCGUCCUUUGCCAAUAGCAGUACCUCCACCACCACGGUGGCUCCCACGAUUCCCGCAGAGCCGCAGCAGCCGCUGUUCCCGCCAUUCGACAAGGAUCUGGAUACGGAGUCCAGCGGCGAUGGCAUCGAUGCUGACGCUGAGGAUGACGAUGAGGACGAUGGCGACGAUAAGGACUAUGACUAUAACAAGGAGCUGGACAAAGAAAUCGACAUCGAUGAGCCCGAGCCGGGACAUGUGCCGCCAGUUGUCCAUUAUAAUAACGUUGAAACUAGUCACAUACCCACUACGGAUGAAAUCGAUGUGGAUGGCGGCGAUGAGGAUGACAGUGUGGAUAGCGAUAUCGAUGGUCCGCGGAUCGGUGGCAACGAUGGAGAUAUUACAGAGCGCGGACCGGGUGCAGGUGGCAGCAACGUGCACGAAUUGGACCCCAACACGAACGUGAAUAGCCAGCCCUCCGACACAAAGGGCAUCGAUCACAGGCCCAACGGCAACGAAGUGGUCAUCAUGAGCGAGGACGAUCGCACGUCGAGCUUCUUCUCGCAGCCCGGAAUCCUGGCUGCUGUCAUUGGCGGUGCCGUCGUUGGCCUGCUCUGCGCCAUACUCGUGGUCAUGUUCAUCGUGUACCGCAUGAGGAAAAAGGACGAGGGAUCCUACGCGCUGGACGAGCCAAAGAGAUCGCCGGCCAACAAUUCGUAUGCGAAAAAUGCGAAUAACCGCGAGUUCUACGCCUGAGAUAAUGGCACGUCGCGCAGGUAUUAAGUUGACCACAAGUGCAGGAACAAAGUGUAAGGACGGGACGGAGUGCGAAUGACUGGACGAAGGCGGAGCGACUGGGUUUGGUUUGGCUCAACUGAAUACACUGUGCGGAGUGGGGGAGCAGCAUCAUCGGCGAACCACUGAAACAAGGAUUAAUCAUCCGCAGCAGCAGCUACAAAACUAACACAAAAACAAAUGAAAAUUUCAAACGUUUUCAAACACACACAAUUUUUCGUGAGGGGUAAAUUAAAUUAAAACAAAAAAGAAAACACAAAUCGGCAAUAUAAUAACGAGGAAAAACGAAAAGGAAACAAAACAAAAAAAAAGGAAAACUUACCUGUAAGUUAAUGCAAAAUACACACUCUGCGUAUGUGGGUGUGUGUACGCGACUUUUCUAUUUAAGUAAGUUUUAAGCGACAAAAACAAACAAAAAUAUCAAAUAUAAUUGCAAAUAAAUCAUGCGAAAUUUAAUAUAUAAAUAAUAUAUUAUAUAUAAAUAGUGAAACCAAUAUAAGGGCGGGCAAAAUUAAGCGAAUUAAUUAUGAAUUACGAGUAGAGCAAAAGCAGAAAGAGCAGGAGAAAAUUGAAUAAUACUAUAAUAAUACACACACACACACGCGCAUCCAACUACAUAGAUGUUAAAGGCAACUUUCGUGCAUAUUGAAUAUAAAUGUAUGGAUUAUAUAUGUUAGCUGAAUAACGAAAGCGAAUUGGAUACAUCACGAUUAUCUCUCAACUCUCUAUAGACCCCUCGUCGAACCUCCACACACACUUAACUCUUCAUUUCAACAAUCAAUUUGUCAAACGAAGUCCAAUGAAAAUAUUAUAAUUAUGAAUUGUGCGGCAAGAGCAAGCGGAAAUCGAUGCAUAAAUGUUUUUAAGUUAUACAUAAGCGAAACUAUGUAAUUAUUAGUGUAAUUCCUAAAACAAACAAAACAAAAAGAAAAAACGAAAAACGAAUACUAAAUCAAGCAAAAAUCAGAUUUAUGAACACUGUGAACCUUCCUGGCAACUAAAAACAAACAGAAUUGAAAUGAAAAGGACUAUUUCUACUUUUUUCUAGAAAACACAAAACCACGAAUAUUUAUUGAAAUGAUACUGAAAACUGAAAUUAAAAUUGAAUUGGAAAUGGAAAUGAAUUGAAUUGAAUUGAUAGUUCGUCAACGAGAAAGCAAUUGUACAUUAAUUUAGGUUUCCACUUGGGUUUUAGAGUUAUUCGAGAUUUCCUUCGCUUGACUCAACUGCUUCUUCCAUGGCUAAGAAUCAAAAUCGGAUUAACGCAUUAAUUAUUGUGCAUUUAUUUAGUUUUUACGUUCGCUGUCACUGACAAUUGUUUAGUUUUGCAAGCAAAAUACAAAAGCGAAUACGAACGACAACAACAGCUACAACAACAACAAGAACCACAGCAACAGAUCAUAAUCACAUGCAAUAGUGAAAAUUAAUUGUUAAGUUUACAAGGCAAAUUCAAAUUAAACUAAAACAAAGCAGUCCAGCAACAAAUGUUAUACUCACCCACACCCUCAUACCAACCAAUUAGCUGCAAUACUUGUUUAAUUGUUAGUCAACCAAUAUUCUCUCUCCAACUCUCAUGCCAUAUUUUCAUUGCGAAAAGAAGUUACGAAAACGAAAACUAAUAUAUAACAUAUAAGUAUAUAAUUAGCAACAUAAAUCAAUUGUGUGUGUAACUGUGUAUAAUGCAUAAAUAAUGAAUUAAACCUACUACUACUUCGACAGCAGAGCAUAUACAAAGGGAACUUUCGAACAUCAUCAGAGAAGUGAAAACUAUUUUUACCCCUUUCCGGAAUCCAAACUGAAACUCACACACAAAAAACAUGCACACUUCUCACACACACACAAACACAAGCAAACAUGAAAACAUGAGCAACAGCAGCAACAGGAACUAAAACAUUUUUCUGAACACAACUUUUUCUACACUGUAAAAAACGCAACCGCAACUUUUUUGAUAUGUACAAGUACUAUGUUUGUUCAACUCUCGACCCAUAGUACGUUUUGUCAAAUUUUACAUCAACUUUUUUGCUACUUUGUAAGCGUUUAGUUUGUUAGUUUUUUAAAAUGCGCUGAAUGUACUGAGAAAUUGGUUUUGAUUUGCUAAAUAAAACUGGUAUAAAACUAA